GAUGGGUAUUGGAUAUUUUUCCUUACCCAUUAGACAAAGGGGUUAGUUUUCUGCGAGACAAGGAUUGGAAGAGGGUCCGAUCACUGUUGCCACCUGUAUUUAUCCCAUCUAAAAUUAGAAAGAUGACUACAAGUGUUAACAGUUGUGCAGCCAGUGUCACAAGUGAGCUGGAAAUAGCUGCAGCUACAGACAAUAUCAUCAGCCCUAAAUCAUACUUUUCCACAUAUGCCCUUCGGGUAGUUUGUACAUGCGCAUUCGGUAUCAAUCUGGACGAUGACAAGAAGAAAAGAGAGGCUUUUUACAGCAAUGUGCGAGGCAUGUUUAGCAACAAAUUCAAUGGGUGUCUUAUUCUUGGAGUGAUCAUACCACAUGCAGACAAAAUUCUCAAACUUUGCGAUGUCAGUCCUUUUCCAAAGAAAACAGUAAACUUUAUCGCUGGUGAAACAACAAAAUUGAUUGAUGAGCGACGGAAGCAUCCGGAACUGCGACGAGAUGAUUUUCUUCAGUUGUUGACUGAUGCCAGUUCAGGAACUAACGGAGACAAAAAGGAUCUUUCCACGGAGGAAGUAAAUGCCCAAGCGUUUUCCUUUAUGAUUGGUACUUACGAAACAACGGCUACAUGCCUCCAUUACGUUGCGUAUGAACUGGCGCUGAAUCAGCACAUACAGGAUACAUUGAAGAAAGAAAUUAAUUCUGUCGUUGGAGAGGCCGAGCCGACUUACGACAACCUGACUGACCUCAAGUACACUGGCUAUGUUAUCAACGAGACUCUGCGGAAGUAUCCAACCCUUGCAAGACUCAGCAGGCACUGCAGUGAGUCGACGACUAUAAAAGGGGUUCGAAUCCCUAAGGGGUCCGUAGCAGUGAUCCCUAUCUAUCAUAUACAUCAUGACCCCCGGCUAUAUACUGACCCGGAAGAGUUUCGUCCAGAAAGAUUUGAUCCUGAUAGUGAAUACAAAAUCGACCCAGUGUUGUAUUUGCCAUUCGGAGGUGGACCACGCAUGUGUAUUGGUGUUAGGUUUGCCGUGCUGGAAAUGAAACUACUUCUUGUUCACGCUAUGAGAAGGGUCCGUUUUGUAUCGUGUGCAGAAACAGAGCCCAGUCCACCACAGUUUCUAAAGAGUACACCACUUCUACACACAGUCAACCCUAUCAAGUUAAAAGUUGUCCUUGACCCACUUAAAUAGCUGGGACCUUUUCCCCGCCAAACUCUUUAUUAUUUCAUGUACCUUUUUAUCAUAUACGGUUUUAUCAUAUUGAACGCCCCUUUCUUUUAUUAAAGAAGGGAAAUAACUUUUAAAGGAAAAUCUCUGAAUUAUACAAAAAAAUACCAGUUUAGUUUGUAUCAUUUUUGUUCGUGUCUAUUGUGAUCCUUAUGGCACUAUCGCUUUGGAGAUAGCAUUGAUAUUCUGUGCAACAAAUGGAAAAUGAGCAUUUGUAAACGAAAUCAAGGUUAAAUGAAUAUCAAUAGAAAUACAAUGAAUUUCCUACAGUAUAUAGCACUGGUCUAUUUUGCAAGGUUUGAACAUUAAUUUGUUGAAUCUCCACUAUAUAAUUAAACGAAGUCUAAUUCAGAUUGAUAGGAUCAUAUCUAUAGCGUUCGGAACAUGACGUCAUUACUUUUGUGAUGUUAUAAUCAUUCUACUGAAGAUUUCUGACAAAUGCAGGCUAUUGGCUAUUACAUUAAUUGGAAUACUAUAUCAAGUUUGACCAACAAAAACAGCAGCGUAUCAAAUCGUGACAGAGUUUUAAAAGUUACAUGUUAAACAUAUUAAAUGUAAUUCUUCUUAUACACUAAAACCCCGUCUGAGAGACAUUUAACGGGAGUGUUAAGAAAAUAAGGUAAAAUGGGAUAUAACAUACAUUGAUGUUUAUUGCAGUAGUGACUGAAGUAAGAGAUUUUAUAUUGUCGUGAACUGUGGUUCCACAAAUCUGAUCAAUUUAUUAGCGUGAAUUAUCAGACAUUUUGAAUCAGGGAAACCAAUCAAUUUCUCAUUUAUUACAGUGUACGUCUAAUGAAUGGUUCUGGUCGACCUAUAGUUACAACACAGACAAUCAUAGUCAAAGAUUGAAUAAACGUCAUCUCAUGACCAUAUCUAGCUGGUUUGUCAGUUGAAUUAUUGUUUUGACAAUUUCUGUAUUCCUAACUGAUACACAAAAUCAAUAUUCCACAGACGACAGCAGAUGAUAUCUGUUUUUGAAAUUGUGCAAACAUUUCAAUUUGAACACUUAUUUAAUUUUAGAAUGCUGGAAAUCUUAAUUUCUUAGUGUUGUUUGACGCCCAAACGUGUCAAUAUUCAAGUCGUUUUUAUACUUGGAAGGUUGCUUCUGAUGUCUAUGGACAAAAUACAAGCCAAGUAUUUGCUAUAUUUGAGUGAUCAGUUGUGAGACUGAGUGGAAAGUUUUGUUCGUAGAGGGUUCAGUGGGGUCCCCAUCAGAACAGGACAGUGUUAUUCAGCCUACGUCAAAAUAUCAAUGUCACGCAAAGCCAGAAAUGGAAAGAGACGAAACAGUGUGUCAACAUAAAUACCGUCAUGUAUACUCAAUAUCAUUUUCACAUAUGUAAAUAGAAAUUUUAGCGACGGUGUUGAAUUCGUAGCCCGUACCAUAACCAUAAGAACGAACUUGUAUAUUGCGUCAUCAACAGAUGACGCCACAUUUUUAUUCUUGAUUUGAUGCAUUUUAAUAACUUUUUUUAUUUAAAAUUACUGUUU